UUUUCCACUCAAUUUAGUGUCAUCGGCAAACCGAGGUACACUACACAUGCUCCCCUCUUCCAGAUUGUUAAUGUAUGUUGUGAACAGUGGCGGGUCCAGCACAGAUCCCUGUGGCACACCACUCACCACUGAUUGCCAACCAGAGAAACUUCUAUAUACCUCAACUCUCUGCUUUCUAUUGGUAACCAAUCCUCUAUCCAUGCUAAUACAUCACCCCUAACUCUAUGCGUCCUUUUUUUUAGAGGUAAGUCUUUUAUGUGGCACCUUAUUGAAUACCUUCUGGAAAUCCAAGUAAAUGACAUCCAUCUGUUCCCCUCUAUCCACCAUGCUCGUUAUAUCGUCAAAGAACGCCAGUGAGUUUGUCAGAUAGGACCUACCUUUACUGAAUUUGUACUGUGUCUGCUAUUUCUUUCCAGAUGCCUUGAUAUUUCUUCUUUCAUGAUAGCUUCAAGCAUUUUCCCAACUACAGAUCUUAAAUUAACUAGCCUAUAGUUACUUGCCUUUUGCCUACAUCCUUGUUCGAACAGUGGCGUGACAUCUGUCUUCUUCCAAUCUGCCAGGACCUGCCCGGAGUCCAGAGAAUUUUGGUAAUUUAUCACCAAAGCCUCUGCUAUAAUCUGGUACUGUUUCUUUCAGUACCCUGGGAUACAUUCCAUCUGGACCAUGGGACUCAUCGAUCUCCAAGCCCACAAGUUUGCUCAGAAUUACCUCUUUAGUGAUAGCUAUUACAUAGAGAUCCUCACGUCCCAUCGCAUCCAUAACAUCCAUAUCAUCUCACUUUGGCACGUUAGACAUGUCCUCCACUGUGAAGACUAACACAAAAUAGUCAUUCAAAGCCUCGGCUAUUUCCUCAUAACCCAAAAUCAAUUCCCGCUUCUCAUUGUCCAAGGAAUGUUCAUUGAGUUGCUACCACAUGAUUGGAUUAAUGAGCAGGUGUGCCUAAUAAAGUGGCCACUGAGUGUCCGUGUGGGGAAUUCAAAACCAACCUGGGAAAAGUGGAAGUCAUCUGCCUUGAAAGUAAAGUCUGACAAAGUUCCAGUCAUCUUGCGCCUUUCAUUUUAACUUCUGAAGUCUAUUUAAUUAUCAGAAUUUACUUUUUUUUUACUGCUUGUUCAAUAUACUAGAAGGAAUUAUUGUGAAGAUAACUAACUUCCUUACUCUGAGGGCAUGCCUGACUGCAAGAAUCAAGUCAAUCUUGUUUGAAGAUCUGAAGGCUUGCAUCAGUGGAGAGGGCCUACUUCCCAUUUCAGGUAUAUUGAAGACAGUAUAUUCUCAGAAGUAUCCAAGACAUUGCUUCUAAUGUGUGUGCAGUUAUUCCUAAUUAAACACCUAAGAAAUCGUCAAUAUGAUUCGUUGGCAUAGUCAAUCACUUCCACUGCUGCUGUUGUUGAUGCUCACGAUCCAUCAGGGUCUAUCAAAUCAGCUUGCAUGCAAUUAUUCAACCAUUGUGGAUUGUAUAAUCGAUAUAAGAGCUGCUCUAGCGAAAGGGAUGAAGAGCUUGGACCUAAUUCAUAAGCGUUCAAAGGAGGAGUGCCUUGAGGAGUGCUGUAAUGGCCUACCUACAAAAAGUAGAGGGUACCCUUGCAAUUUUGUGACAUUUCAUCCCACAAACAAAUCUUCUUCAAAUUGCUAUCUUUUUCAUUGUUCUGAAAAAGAUGCUUGUCCAACGAUUCGUUUACCUGGAUACAACAGCUACAUUAUUGAAAAUGAUCAAACAAAUGUGGAAAUAUUAAAUACAUCAACAAAGAAUUCCCAGAGCAGAGAAAAAUCUUCGAAUAAUGGAAUUCCAAUUGAUAUCAAAACUUCAGCACCUGGUCUUACAUUGAAUCGAAGAACAAUCAACAUUUUCCCACUGACCACCAUUCAGUCAAGAGUCAAGCAACCAAUGAUGGCCACCACUUUCAAAGCACCCAUGAUUCUGUUAUCAACUUCUUCCACUAAAACUACAUCUUCCAUUACACAGUUACCUGUGAAGACAACUUCUUCAGUGACAACUAAAGAGUCAACAGCAACCAGCACCCUCCAAAAUGGCCUCUUACUGACAUUUACCAAGAUGGUGCCAACCACUGUUUUCCCAAUAAUUCGACCAACACAGACAAGAACGGCUGCCCUCCCCAUGGUUCCAUCAGUAACUUCUAUGUUAACAGGAACUGUCUUGCCAACCACAACCCAGGCAAUAACUACCAUCACUACUAAACCACUUGCAACCUCUACCCUUCAAACCUCCUCCGCCAUUCAACCUACAAUGACCAGUGCUCCUCCAUCCACCGUUGAAACCACCUCAUCUCAAGCUAUGACCACUACCAUCCUGACCAACCAGCCUACAGCCACUACCCUGCCAAUCACCACCGACCAGCCUACAACUGUUACCCUGCCAAUCACCACCGACCAGCCUACAACCACUACCCUGCCAAUCACCACCGACCAGCCUACAACCACUACCCUGCCAAUCACCACCGACCAGCCUACAACCACUACCCUGCCAAUCACCACCGACCAGCCUACAACCACUACCCUGCCAAUCACCACCGACCAGCCUACAGCCACUACCCUGCCAAUCACCACCGACCAGCCUACAGCCGCUACCCUGCCAAUCACCACCGACCAACCUACAAAGACUCCCCUCACAACCACUACCCUCGCAACGACCACCAAUGAACCUACCACAACAGCCACCCUCCCAACCACUACCUAUCAAGCUACAACAACCACUACCCUCCCAACCACGCUACAAACCACUCCAAUUCCAACUACAAUGACCACUACUUUCCCAACCACAACAGCUCAACCAUCCAUGCGUACUACUCCUCUGAUCCAUCAAACCAGCACCACCACUCCCCCAACCAGUGUGCAAACCUCUACUGCACAGUUGAAAACUGCUCUCCCAGAAACACGACCAGUGGCUACCAUCACCACUGUCUCGGCAAGAAAGUUGGAUCCAACUGUAACUCAGCAACCCGCUGAAUCCAGAAACUCAGCUGCUAAAACUCCAUUCUUUCGAAUCGUAACUGCAGUGUCACACAAUGGAAAUACUAAUAAAAAGGAUGAUGAGGAAAAAGACCCCAGGCAAAAUUUGGGAGGUCAGAACGAAUCAGCAGGAAAAUUUGGAGAUUCACAAAUGGAAAUCAAAGGCGGACUGAUUACAGCUUUAUUGUUUGGAUUGUUCUUUCUAACAAUAGUGAUUGUAAUGUUAAGUAAACAGGUAAUAGAAUCCUACAGAAGAAGGCACUAUACUAAGAUGGAUUUCGUAAUGAAUGGAAUAUAUGUAGAUGCAUGAACUGAAGUAUUCUGGGGUAAAAAAAAAAUUGCAUUAUGAACAUCAUGGAUUUGGAGGGAAUCCCAGAACAACAAAACCAUCUAAAAAAUUGAUGAUGGUUAACUUAUUUUUGUUGAAUGUGAAAAAUAACAUGUACAUAAUUUGAAAGAACAUAGCUAGUGUGUUUUCUAUUUUAACUCCACUCCCAUGAGAAAUUAUUUUUUGUUAAUAUCUGAUUUUUUUUUAUUGGAAUGUGAAUGAAAAUGAUUAAAUACUUGUAAAUCA